AUGCGGAGGAACAGGGCACGCCGCAAGAACCUGCACAAACCCCCCAAGACUGUUUUGCUGGGUAUGCGGCAGAAAUGGAACAAGAACAACGGAAUGUUGCCGAGCUGGAACGGGAAACGCCAGAGACCUGAGCAGGUAACGCUGGUAGCUCAGGACCAAAAACAAAUACCAGCAACAGAGGAACAAUUAAGUUGUGACGGAUUCCAAAUAUUUGCCACGGUGAAAAUCGGACCAGUAAAAGCAAAAGGAACAGUGGACACAGGAGCGUCACGGAGUGUGAUCAGCAAGAGAAGAUACAACGAAUUGAGAAAAUAUGGAAAAUGGAGGAAGGAAAGGACAGAAAUAACAUUAGCGAACGGAUCAAAGCAAAGAUCGGAUGGAGACUUUACUACCAACAUACAGUUCGCAGGAGAAGAAUUCGAGUUGGAUUUCCUCAUCUUAAACCAGGUGACAGGAGGAAUAUUAUUAGGAAUAGACUUUCUGGCCAAAACACGCACAAGAAUACAAUGCGGCAAUCUGGAAUUAGAUAUCACCGAGGCAGAGACAACACAAGGCGAAAUAGAACCCGAGCAGAGCACAGACGAUACGGAACCGACGGAGGAGGAAAUCAGCAAAUUUCUGGAACAACAAAGAAAACAACAAAAUGAACAAAUUCGACGCUACAAAGAAGAAGUUCCGGGAGAGCAGCACACGGCUGCAGCAAGAAAGGCGAACGGCGAGGUUGAUACCGGCGAGACCAGCAGGGGCGGGCAUACGGGUCAGGACAGCACCGACUCGCCUCAGACCACCAAUGUGCAGGCUAGCUCUGGCACAAAGAGAAGGGCAGUCACGACCAGAGGGGCGACAGACAGCCCAACCGCCAGCAAGAACGGCCGUGGCGACCAAUAGAGGCGGACAGACCCGGAUCGCCCAUGUUCCUCGCAGCUCUCUGGAGGCAGUGACCGACGGAAGUGUCCAGGAAGAACGGGCAAGGACACCGUCGCCAGACCGGGACAUCCUGGAGCUACACCCGAUGGACACGGAUACACAGGCAGAGGAAGUAACACCAAGUCAGGAGACAGAGGCACGCCCAGACGCACAGGCGCCACGAGUGGAGUAUUUCACAAACGAUAUGGGGUGGAUCGUACCCAGAGAUGCGACGAUGUCAGCCAGGGCGGUCAAUGAAAUCAAAGAGAGAUGGAACAGGAGGAGAAAGGGGAAACAGCAGAGUAUCCUAGUGAAGGACGACCAGAAGACGUGGAAGGCCAUCUUUGGAAGGGGAAGCCGCAUCACGAUAAGACACUUCGUGCCUUCGCAAGAGGGGGGGAGGUGUGACGCUCAGGAGCGCACAAAGUAGAUAUAAUAACAUAAGCUAUAGAUAGUCGUUAAGUAGGCAAGGAGCCGAAAUAGUUAUAAGUUCAAUACCAAAAGGUAAGAAGCCGAAAUAAUUAUAAGUUCAAAGGCAAGAAGCCGAAAUAAAUUUAAGUUGAAUGAAAAUAUUCAAAUUUAAAUAUCCGGGCGGGCGCGCCAAACAAAAGAAACGUUCACACUGACCAAUAGCCACCACAAGCCACACGCGGUAUGGCCAUGGCUAUAAGAUUAUGAAACUACAGUCACACUGGCGAAGGUCGGGAGGAUAUAAAAAUGGCGCCGGGGCCCAGACAGAACACUCUGCGGCCGACGGCGAUCGGAGAAGGUAAGGCUUACCCUUUGGCGUGAGCUAACUUCUCUGGGAGUUAACUGCGGAGUCUUUUUCGGGAUAGGGUCUAGUACCCCGUCCACCCAAUACAUUGUAGUUAGUUGUUUCCCCUCCCUUCCCCUUCUUCCCAACACCCUAAGGACCGGCCGUCAUCAGUGAUAACCGACCUUUGGGAUCCCACACCCCAAGACCGACCGUCAUUAGUGACACCCGAUCUUCUGGGGACUCCAACACUCGGUCCUCCGAGGCGCUCCUCGGCCGUCUGCCGAACCGAUCCCACCUGGUUUUCACCCGGGUUGCGUCGGUCCGCAACGCGCCCUGACCACCACUCGGUUCUCCGAGGCGCUCCUCGGCCGUCUGCCGAACCGAUCCCACCUGGUUCUCACCCGGGUUGCGUCGGUCCGCAACGCGCCCUGCCCACCACUCGGUUCUCCGAGGCCCUCCGGCCCUGCGUGCCCGGAACGAGGACCGAUCAGAUCGGUAAGGUCGACCCUGCGUGGUCGCCACCCUUCUCAUUCCCUGGUAGACCCAAGCGGCCUCCACCCUCUUCUCGAAACUGGUAGCCCCAGCGACUCCACCCUCUUCUCGGAACUGGUAGACCCAAGCGGCCUCCAAACUGUCUUAUCUUCCUAGACAUAAGCAUAGCCAAGAGGGACGUGGCUCUUUCUUUCUCAUCCACAGGGUACACGCCGCCACCGCCGCCGACGCCGCCACCGCCGCCGACGCCGCCACC